UAAUAAAACAAGAAAGCGGACCGGAGGCAUAAAGGAGACAGGGACUUGUGGGAUGAAAACGGGGCUAAAAAGAUUCAUCCUCUCUUGAACAUCAUCACCAACCAUCAUUCAUUCAUUACCUUGACAACCUCUGGCUUUGAUUGACAGCUGGAGUGGCAAAAAGCCAUGAGACGCGACAGUUUAGUUACACGCAGGUUGUUGAUGGGCCGGCUGUAACCUUCAGUUUGGUGCUCGACUUUUUUUUCUUUUCUUUUCUGGGGGGGCAAAGAGGAAAAGAAGAAUAAUUGCAAAACUCUUCCUGAUGCCUGCGCUCGUUCUGGAGAAUAGGAGGAAUUCGCCAAGUUUGCUGGAAAAGGGGAUCUAUUGCAGCGCAUGAGUUUGUGAGCGGACUGGGAAAUUCAAUCUACGACACAGAUCCAGAGGUUUAUUGGAGCGCAGGCUGAUGGCGCAAAGGUACGAUGAGUUGGCUCAUUACGGCGGCAUGGACGGGGUCGGUAUGUACGGGGAUCCUCACGCGCCUCGGCCGCUGCCGCAGGUCCAUCAUCUGAAUCACGGACCGCCGCUCCACGCCACCCAGCACUACGGCACACAUGCCCCCCAUCCCAACGUCAUGCCCACCAGCAUGGGCUCAGCUGUCAACGACGUGUUAAAGAGGGAUAAAGAUCAAAUUUACGGUCAUCCUCUGUUUCCUCUGCUGGCUCUGGUCUUUGAGAAGUGUGAGCUGGCCACAUGCACUCCCCGCGAGCCCGGGGUUGCUGGAGGAGACGUGUGCUCCUCAGACUCCUUCAACGAGGACAUCGCUGUCUUCGCCAAACAGGUCCGCGCAGAAAAACCUUUAUUUUCUUCAAAUCCUGAAUUGGAUAAUUUGAUGAUACAAGCCAUACAAGUAUUACGAUUUCAUCUUUUGGAGCUAGAAAAGGUGCACGAACUCUGCGACAAUUUCUGCCAUCGGUACAUCAGCUGUUUGAAAGGAAAAAUGCCCAUAGAUUUAGUGAUUGAUGAACGGGAUGGCAGCUCAAAAUCAGACCACGAGGACAUCUCGGGAUCUUCAACUAACUUAGCCGAUCAUAUGGGGAAAAUGGACGGAUGGUUCCGCUCUGACGGUCUCCAGAACCCAGCGUCCUGGAGAGAUCACGAUGAUGCCACGUCCACACACUCGGCCGGCACGCCGGGACCCUCCAGCGGAGGACACGCGUCGCAGAGUGGAGACAACAGCAGCGAGCAAGGAGAUGGUUUAGACAACAGCGUGGCCUCACCCGGCACGGGCGACGACGACGAUCCAGACAAGGACAAAAAGCGUCAGAAAAAACGGGGCAUCUUCCCCAAAGUCGCAACCAACAUUAUGCGGGCAUGGCUCUUCCAGCAUCUCACACACCCGUAUCCUUCAGAAGAACAGAAGAAGCAGCUCGCUCAAGACACAGGCCUCACCAUCUUACAAGUAAACAACUGGUUCAUUAAUGCCAGAAGAAGAAUAGUGCAGCCCAUGAUUGACCAGUCAAAUCGAGCAGGUUUUCUUCUUGAUCCUUCAGUGAGCCAGGGAGCAGCGUACAGUCCGGAGGGGCAGCCCAUGGGCAGCUUCGUGCUGGACGGACAGCAACACAUGGGCAUCCGGCCAGCAGGUCCUAUGAGUGGCAUGGGCAUGAAUAUGGGCAUGGACGGCCAGUGGCACUACAUGUAACGGCUGUACAGUAAAGAAAAGGGGGAAGUGAAUCGAGGCGUGCCGGGGGAGUUCGUACCUCAGUGUGGUCCUGUGGGCAUCACCCCCUCGUCUCAUGUGUCUGUCACACCGAUCUCCUCAUCUCCCUCGCCGUGCGGCCAUGCUAAUGCACAGACCCCCUCCUCGACCUCGACUCCUCUGACCCCUGACCACAGCGCUGCUGGACCGGCCGAUGACCGAAGGGAACCAACCAAUACUGGACAAUAACCCCACGAAAGAUUUGUGAAGGAAAAGAGAAUGUGCUGAAGCAUCCGACAGCAGAAUUAGAAGCUUCACACGGAAUUCCAGACGAGCUGUGAUCGUUUUUUAUCUUGUGAAAUUUUGUUACUUUUGUUGCUGGAGGACCAAGAGCUGACAAAAACACUUUGUAAAGAUUUGGAUGUUUCAGCUUAUUAAACACACACACACACACACACACACACACACACACACACACACACACACACACACACACACACACACACACGAUAAAGAAGAAGAAGAAAAAAAAAAGACAAGAGACUCCAAGAGUUCAAACUACUGUAGUAUAAAAGCAUAGACACUAAAUGAAAUCUUGUACAUUUUUAUCCUCACUCACUUUAUGUUUCAUGAGCUAGUCCUAGAGUAAAUCGUUGCCCUGUUUUUCACACUGUGUGUGCUGACCCCCGAGGCAGAGGAGCUCCGAUCGCGCAGUAACGGGAGAAACGGACCACGGUUCCGGUGAUGACGAUGAUUCCUCCUCCAGCAGAGUCUCUGCCGAUCGAAGCCUGCUCUCCUGCUCGGUUUUCCUCAUGCAUUUUCCCUUUCUGGUCCAUGAAUGAAUGUUGCCCCGUAGGUGAAGUUCUUCGUUUGAAUUGCCCAAGCACUGGAUUGUGUUGCUUUUAUACGUUUUUAUUUUAUUAUUAUUAUUAAUAUUAUUAUUAUUAAUUUUGUAUCUGGGACUCUCAGAGUAAGAGCCUUAUGAAGGACGUGUAUCCUCGAGGAAGCCACCGUCCUGCAGCAGUGGGAUCAGUGUAUUAUUAUCUGCAGUAACAAGGACGAUGGCGACGUCUCUGGAUUCUGUGGCACAUCGACGCGCUGAAAGACUUUACAAGGAUGAAAAGAACUUAAAUUAUGAACUCAAAGCUCGGCGAGAAGCUGAGACAAUAUUGUAAGAAACUUCGUACAGAGUUCAGUCUAUUAAUUGUUUCAUGUUAGAUAUUCUAUGUGUUUACCUCAAUUGAAGACGAAUGUUUUUGCUAGUUUCAGAUCUGCUGUGGCAUUGAUAUUGUUAUGUCCAUGACCCCCCCUCCUUUAUCAGCACGUGCUCCACUAGAAGAUGAGAUCCUGUCUCCCUCGAGCUUUGUCAGAAAUACAUUCAGUACUUGUAUGAGGACUGUGGCGUGAUGUUUCAAAGGUGUUCAGUCACAAAUGCUGUAAUAAAUAUUUCAUUUUU